UGCGCCAUUUGACCCGGCCGCCGCGCCGUAGACCGUGCUGUGCUGCAAGCCUGGUGGCCACAAUGGCGGAUGUGACCGAGAGGACACUGCAGCUGUCGGUGCUGGUAGCCUUCGCCUCCGGGGUGCUAGUGGGAUGGCAGGCGAACCGGCUGCGGAGGCGGUACCUGGACUGGAGGAAGCGGAGACUACAGGACAAGCUGUCAGCGACGCAGAAGAAGCUGGACCUGGCCUGAGACUCCCCGUCCUCGGCCCCCGCCGACAUCCGCGUGGCCACCUCGCCCUCCCUGCACGGGAGCUCCAGCCUGAGCCAGGCUCGCCACACACUCCCCGCCUGUCGCGAUGGGUUGUUCCCUGAGUGUCGCUUGUUGAAGAUGGAUAUGGAGCACAGGAAAGAAAUAAUUUCUUCUUGCACUUUAUGAAUCAAUUUUAUUUUUAAAAUAAAAAACUUCUAAAUAUUU